GACCGGGAGUGCGAGCUCCGGGGAGGCACCAGCGCCGUCGCCGAGUCCUUCUGGAGCCAGCCAUUCUGACAAGGACCAAGACCCUCAGGAAAAGAUCGAAAAGCUAGAGGAGGAUAAGAAGCGCCGACUGCAGCUAUACGUGUUCGUGUCGCGAUGCAUCGCGCACCCCUUCAACGCCAAACAGCCCACGGACAUGACGCGGCGGCACACCAAGCUCACGCCGCACCAGCUGGAGACCAUUCAGGCGCGGUUUCAGGCAUUUUUGAAAGGCGAAACCCAAAUUCUCGCGGAUGAGGCCUUCCAAAACGCGGUACAGUCGUACCACGACGUGUUCCUCAAGUCCGAGAGGGUCGAGCAGAUGGUUAGAUCCGGCGCCUGCAGCCACCACGACUUCCGUGAGGUUUUCCGGAACAAUAUCGAGAAGAGAGUCCGGUCUUUGCCAGAAAUUGACGGAUUAAGUAAAGAAACAGUCUUAACGUCGUGGCUAGCUAAAUUCGACUGUAUCAUGAAAGGAACGGGUGUGCUGGGCGACGAUGAAUCGAAGCGGCCGUCGCGAGCGCAACAGCAGAGUCUCAACGCGGAGUGCAUCCUGAGCAAAGAGCAGCUGUACGACAUGUUCCAGCAGAUCCUGGGGGUCAAGAAGUUUGAGCACCAGCUUCUGUUCAACGCGCUGCUUCUGGAUUCGGCAGAUGAACAAGCAGCCGCUAUCCGGAGAGAGCUGGAUGGAAGAAUGCAGAAAGUCAACGAGAUGGAAAGGAACCGCAAGCUAAUGCCGAAGUUCGUCCUCAAAGAGAUGGAGUCCCUCUACAUCGAAGAGCUCAAGUCCUCGAUCAACCUCCUCAUGGCCAACUUGGAGUCCCUGCCCGUGUCCAAGGGCGGGGCCGACUCCAAAUACGGCCUGCAUAAAAUCAAGCGGUAUAAUCACAGAUCAAACGCCGGGCCUGACCCGAGUCCAAGGUUGAGUAAGCAGCUGUGUUUCAGAUCGCAAGGGUCUCUGGCCAACAAGUUGACAGGCGAGGGCGACGGCGGAGAUGUUGACACUCAGCUGACCAAAAUGGAUGUCGUUCUGACUUUCCAAAUAGAGGUAGUAGUGAUGGAGGUAAAGGGUCUAAAGUCAUUAGCGCCGAACCGGAUAGUGUAUUGUACUAUGGAAGUGGAAGGGGGCGACAAGCUGCAGACCGACCAGGCUGAGGCGUCCAAACCGAUGUGGGACACUCAAGGUGACUUUAGUACCACACAGCCCCUUCCAGCUGUAAAAGUCAAGUUAUACACUGAGAACCCUGGGGUACUAGCCCUGGAAGAUAAGGAACUGGGUAAAGUGGUCCUCAGACCUACGCCACUUUCUAGCAAGGCUCCAGAAUGGCAUCGCAUGACGGUACCAAAGAACCUUCCUGAUCAAGAUCUGAGGAUCAAAAUAGCUUGUCGGAUGGAUAAGCCACUGAACAUGAAACACUGCGGGUACCUCCACGUGAUCGGCAAGAAUGUGUGGAGGAAAUGGAAGCGGCGCUACAUGGUGCUGGUCCAAGUGAGCCAGUACACGUUCGCGCUGUGCUCGUACAAGGACAAGAAGUCGGAGCCGGCGGAGAUGAUGCAGCUGGACGGGUUCACGGUGGACUAUAUAGAGCUGGCUAGCGCGCAACUAAUGGUUGGGCAAGAACUGGAAGGCGCCAAGAACUUCAUGAACGCUGUCCGCGACGGCGAGUCCGUGCUGAUGGGAGUGGGUGACGAGAACGAGUGUCAUUUGUGGGUCAUGGCUUUAUACAGGGCCACAGGCCAGAGUCAUAAGCCCACUCCACCUACUACGUCGGAUACGCAUCAUAAAAUCAUGGGAGACGCAGACAAGGCGCGUAAGCAUGGAAUGGAGGACUACAUCCAGGCAGACCCGUGCCAGUACGACCACCACCAGCUGUUCUGUACGCUACAGUCGCUCACUUUGAAGUACAGGCUACAGGAUCCUUACUGCUCAUUGGGUUGGUUUUCCCCCGGGCAAGUGUUCGUGCUCGAUGAAUACUGCGCGCGCUACGGCGUCCGCGGCUGCUUCCGCCACCUCUGCUACCUCUCGGACCUCCUCGACGUCGCCGAGAGCGCCUCCCAGACCGUGGACCCCACGCUCAUGCAUUACUCCUUCGCGUUCUGUGCGAGUCACGUCCAUGGCAACAGGCCCGACGGCGUGGGCAGCAUCACCGUCCAGGAGAAGGAGAAGUUUGCGGAGAUCAAGGAGCGGCUCAAGGCCCUGUUGCAGCACCAGAUCACCAACUUCCGAUAUGCGUUCCCGUUCGGAAGGCCGGAGGGGGCGUUGAAGGCUACACUAUCUCUGCUUGAAAGGGUUCUGAUGAAAGAUGUCGUAACUCCCGUGGCACCCGAAGAAGUCCGUGCCAUGAUCCAAACCAGUUUGGAGAACGCAGCGCUUCUGAACUAUACACAACUCAGUCAAAAGGCCAACAUUGAAGAGGACCUUAGAGGAGAAACAAUGGUGACACCAGCGAAGAAAUUGGAGGACCUGAUACACUUAGCAGAGCUGUGCGUUGAUCUCCUUCAGCAAAAUGAGGAACACUACGCGGAGGUGUAUAACACAAAACCGGACUCUAGCGGUCAACCAAAUGCGUUUGCGUGGUUCUCGGAGCUAUUGGUGGAGCAUGCUGAGAUAUUUUGGGCCCUAUUCGGUGUCGACAUGGAUCGGGUUUUAGCGGAACAACCUCCUGAUACGUGGGAUUCCUUCCCGUUGUUCCAGAUUUUGAACGAUUAUUUGAGAACUGACGAAAACUUGAAAGGCGGUCGUUUCCACGAGCACCUUCGAGACACGUUCGCCCCACUCGUGGUGCGGUACGUGGACCUGAUGGAGUCCUCCAUCGCGCAGAGCCUGCACAAGGGCUUCGAGAAGGAGCGGUGGGAGAUUAAGGGCAACGGCUGUUCAACAAGCGAAGAGUUGUUCUGGAAGCUUGAUGCGCUGCAAUGCUUCAUCCGGGACCUGCACUGGCCGGAGCCGGAAUUCCGGUCGCACUUGGAGCAGAGGCUCAAGCUGAUGGCCAGCGAUAUGAUGGAGACCUGCAUCCAACGGACUGAGUCAUCUUUCCAGUCGUGGCUGAAGAAGAGCAUAACGUUCAUGUCGACGGACUACAUCCUGCCGGCGGAGACGUGCGCCAUGGUGAAUGUGGCGCUAGACGCCAAGAACCAGGCGCUCAAGCUGUGUGCUGUCGAGGGUGUGGACAUUUACCAAUACCACGCGAAGAUGGACGCCCAGAUCGACUCCUGCCUCCAAGCGAUGGCUACUGGCAUGACCACGCGGCUGUCAGCCGUGCUAGAAGCCACGCUAGCUAAGAUAGCUCGCUUCGAUGAGGGGAGUUUGAUCGGCUCUAUCCUGACGAUAGCCAACGUGUCUGGGUCGGGCAAGGACAUCGGGCAGGGCUACGUUAACUUUAUGAGGAAUUCUAUGGACCAAAUCAGAUCGAAGGUGACAGAUGAGCUAUGGAUUCUGCAGCUAUUCGAGCAGUGGUACGGCAUACAAGUGGGGCUGGUCAACACGUGGCUAACAGAGCGGCCCGCGUUACACCCACAGCAAGUCGCGUGCCUUUCCAUCAUUCUGAAGAAAAUGUACAGCGAUUUCGAGCUGCAGGGUGUGAUAGACGACAAGCUGAACUCCAAGAUUUACCAGAACGUGGCGUCUCGUAUGCACACUGAGGAAGCUACCUGCAGCUUGUUACUGGCUCAACAGGACGCUGGGGGCGGAGACGAGGGUUCAGAAGAAGGGUCAAGGAGUGGCAAGUCGAAGCUGGAGGCGCUCACGGAGGACGCCAAGCUUGGCAACGUGACUGCUGUCGUUGGGAAGGUUGGCAACAUCUUCGGGCGAGGCAUCGGCGAGCUGUCAUCGAAGAUAGGCGGCGCCUCGUCCUGGUUUUAGCGCCCCACAUGCGUUUUAUAAUUUGCCUACACAGGUGUAGAGAGAUGAGAAUCCAUGCCUUGUAGUACUGCGAAGGGUCCUGCCGAGGGCCUAUUGCAAAAAUGGAAAUAUCUUUAUCUGCCUCUCUAUCGCUCUUGUAUAGGUAUGCGAACGAUAGAGAGGGAGGUAACGAUUUUCAAUUUUU